UCCUGGAGUUUGUAGGAAUACUGUUACUUGUGAGUUGUGGUGAGACGUCUGCUCUCCUUUCUUGUCACACAAACCUAACAAGAAACCAAGAGGGAGAGUGAGAGAGAUUCUCAAAGGAGGGGGAGAUCAAACAUUCAAAACGCAGAGGGGGCAUAGGAAAAAAGGAAAGGAAGAAACUCUGGUUCAUUGUUCUAUUGCUUAAUCUUGGGCGUUUCCUUCUGCAUAUCUACCCUUGCAAUAAGAUCCCCAGGUGGUCUAGCGUAAGAAGGAUCUCUUCCUUCGCGACCAUGUCUUUGGGAUACGCGGAGAAGCUUUCCUAUAGAGAGGACGUCGGCAGCGUUGGGAUGGCUGAGAUUUUCGACUCACCAGAAGUGCUGCGGAAGAAGAUCGAAGAACUUGCAAUGUUGAUACAAAAGAGUAAGCAUUUGGUUGCAUUCACUGGAGCAGGUAUAUCAACUUCCAGUGGUAUUCCUGAUUUCCGUGGUCCCGAGGGAAUUUGGACUCUUCAGCGUGAAGGAAAGGUGCUGCCGGAAGCAUCACUACCAUUUCAUCGUGCAAUGCCAAGUCUAACUCAUAUGGCUUUAGUGGAGCUGGAAAAGGCUGGAGUUUUAAAGUUUGUUAUUAGUCAAAACAUUGAUAAUCUCCAUCUUCGAUCUGGGAUACCAAGAGAGAAGCUAGCUGAGUUGCAUGGGAAUUCAUUUCGCGAACUUUGCCCCAAGUGUGGAUUAGAAUAUAUUCGCGAUUUUGAGGUGGAAACUAUUGGAAUGAGGAAAACUUCCCGCCGUUGCUCUGUUAAGAAGUGUGGGGGGAAAUUAAGGGACACAGUUCUCGACUGGGAGAACGCUUUGCCCCCAGAAGAAAUGAAUCCAGCAACAAAGCACUGUAAAAUGGCUGAUUUGGUCUUGUGUUUGGGAACCAGUCUGCAAAUUACCCCUGCUUGCAACCUGCCUGUUAGAUGUCUACGUGGUGGGGGAAAAAUUGUUAUUGUAAAUCUUCAGCCAACACCAAAGGAUAAGAAAGCAGCUUUAGUGAUCCAUGGUCAGGUUGAUAAGAUUAUUGCAGGUGUUAUGGAUCUUCUUAAUUUGCGGAUCCCUCCGUAUGUUCGUAUUGAUCGUUUUCAACUUUCCGUUUCUCAAUCACCCAAAAGGGGGAAAUAUAUAAAGUGGACCAUGAAGAUUUUGAGUGUGGAUGGAGAAAAGUUUCCGGUACCUUUUUUGAAGUCAGUUGAGAUAUGCUUUCCAGGAAGACCUGACAUGAAAACUGCACUUCUAUGUGAUCAACCAUUCUCAUUAACGAGAGAAACUGUCAAAUCAAGGUCAUUUAAGAUGGCAAUACAGCUUAAUUUUGUUGAAGGCUGUGCGUGUUCAUCCACAAAGAUUGAGAGGACGGUAAAUUUCCUGGAUUCCGUUAAGAGUUACAGCUGUGAGAAGAGUUCUAUUUUCCAACAGCUAAGGGACGCAGCACUUCAAGGUCUAGAAUGUGGGAAGCAUGCCAUACUUGAAAAAAAGAAAUCCUCAAAUCCUAGCACGGAAACAACUCUACAUGCCAUUGUAACAAGCCUUUUAAGAUAUGAUGAACCCCAGAUGCUUCGGCAAAGUGGAGUUCCUGAAAGCAAUGGAAGAUGUCCCUUGAAGCAACAUGAAUCGUUGGUCCAUCAGAAAGAUGAGAGCCCCAUAAACAGUUGCAUGAGCCAUGGGCCACAAGACCAAGCGGAGAUGCCGAAGGAAGCUGAAGCCCCAAAAAGCAAUGGUGUGAAUUUAAUGUCCCAGAGUCAGCUGGUAAAUCUGGGAAAAUUAUGCAGAACUAGGAGUGUAGAGAUUCUGAAACCAAAUGAAUCCUUAAUCCUCAGGGAACCUAAAGUUACUGAGGCCAAGUUGAAGGUGGCGAAGAGAAACAGAACAGGUGUUAGUCGCAACCGUACUCCAAAGAAAGCAAAGACAUGAUGUUCUUUUGCUCUUCAGUUGAUGCUCGUCUUCCUGUACUCUUUUUACCUUUCCGUGUCCUUUUCAUAGUUCAUUCUUUAUGUUAGGUGUGGCCUUUAAUAGCUUAAGUUCUAAUUCUGUUGGUCGUCUUGAGAAAACUGGGUGAAUUUUGUGUUUUUACACCCAGUGAAACAGUUGGAUAUUCCAGUUCGAUUAGACCUACAGCUGUUUGUAUAUUCUCUUCCGAUAAAAAGAAAUACAAGUAGAAUGCUCUA